AUGAUCCAGGCGACACCGCAGAACGGCGACGUGUGGCUGGUGAUUCCCCGUUUUUUCUGGGAGCAAGUUUGUUCGACAGAAGCUGUGUCAUUUGAAGAACUAGCUCAAAAAGUCGGUCGUUUGGAUUGCUCGCUGCUCGUGGACGAACACGGGGCAAUGACAGCAGAAGACGAAAGCACGUGCUUGGCGGUGAAACCGGAGCUUUUCCACAGCUUGGCCCAGGUUUUUGGCGUCAUCGGUACUCCUGUGGCUCGAGCGAUGAUUGUGGACGAAAACGGCGUGCUGAUUGAACGCGUGCCUCCGCUUUUUGUGCUUCACGUCUUGGCCAAAGAGGCUAGUCCGCGUGCCCGGCCUUCUCAGGUGUUUUCGCUCUCGCUGGCUAACACUUUUCAGCAGCUCCACGAUACCGUCAGAUCGCAUGUCUACAAGAACCCACGGGCAGUGGCGCCGCUCCGGUUGUGGUUUAUUGAGAACGAAGCGGCUCGCAAUAUGGCGUCGCAGAUCUCCGUGGCGGCGUUCAUCGACGCUCCGGCCAGAAAGUCCAUCGUGACUCCGAACUUGUACGGAAGCACGCUAAGAAGCCAGGGCAUUGAGGCGUCGAAGCUCCACUUGGUGGUGGAGCCGGCCGAACGGAAGACGUUCCUUGUUGACUCGUACUUGGCCAGCCACUCCGUUCUUGACUACGACGUCGUCACCUCUCUGGGUGGCCAUUGCGGUCUCUCCAACUUGGGCAACACCUGCUACAUGAACUCGGCCCUCCAGUGCCUCACACACAUCCCGGAACUCAACUACUAUUUUUUCUUUGACUUGUACCAGCGCGAGUUGAACACCAACAACCCGUUGGGCUACAAAGGCGACGUGGCGGUGGCCUUCUCCAGUCUAUUGCAUAAGCUCUACGGCUCUGGCAGUCCGUCAGCUGUGACUCCGCGUGAGUUCAAGUACACUGUGGGCCGUCAUUCGUCUAUUUUCCAUGGCUUUCAGCAACAGGACUCUCAGGAGUUCGUUUCCUGGCUUUUGGAUGCCCUUCAUGAAGAUUUGAACAGAAUCCACCAAAAGCCAUACUGCGAGAAGCCCGAGCUCAAAGACGAGGAUGUCAACAACCCAGAGGCCAUUAGAGAGUUGGCCGUCACCUGCUGGGAUCAAUACAAAAAGAGAAACGAUUCCGUCAUUGUCGAUUUGUUCACCGGCAUGUACCAGUCCACCUUGGUCUGCCCCACAUGCAACAAGGAGUCCAUGACUUUCGACCCUUUUAACGACUUGACGCUUCCUUUGCCCGUCAACAAAAAAUGGUAUCAUGAGCUUAUCAUCGUCGACCUCUCGGGAGACCAUGCUGCCUCCGGAAGACAGCCACUCUCGAGGUUGGAAGUUGAACUCAACAAGUCCUCCAACUUUGACGACUUGAUCAACUACAUCAGCAGCUUCUUGCAUGUACCGGCCGAGCAUCUCUUUUUGUUCGAGCUCUUCUCGAACUUCUUUUAUAGAGACUUCCAGGAGAACAGUGCCGCCUCAAAGUUUUACCCCAUCAACGAGCUCAUCAACGAAAAAGACAUCGUUGUGGCUUACAUCAUUCCUCAUAAUCCCGAAACUGAUGUGAUUGUGCCUGUGCUUAAUACUGUUCGUGAGGAAGAUUCUUCUUACGACAUAGCAGACCCAUUUGGCAUUCCCCUCUUUGUUACAUUGAACAAGGAAACUGAUGUCUUCAGCUUUGGAACUGUCAGAGAGAAGCUUGAGCAGACUGUGAAGCUCCUCACGAAUGCUGAUAUGGAAGCAAGUUAUAAAGAGAUCAAGGGUGACAACAAUGGCUCUCGUUUCAAAGCUGACAGCUUUCCACUAAUUCAAAGAGAGCAAAAAGCGUCUGCUGAUCUCAACAUGGCCGAUGCGGAUGCAGAAGUGCAACCAGCAGACGAAGAUUACGACUCUGAUAUCUCGUUGGCCCAUCCACAGAUUAGUGCCGAUUUCGGCUUCACAAUCAAAUACUACGAAGAAGAUGGCACCCGCCAUGUCAACACUCGUGGUCCAAGAAGGUACCAACCAGGUAUGAGAAUGCGUUAUCAGCUGCUGCUUCAGGAGGAAAGUGACCCCAAUAGACGUCCGCUUCACAUUCCUCAAGGCAGACCUUCGUUCUUCAAGUUACCAUUGUUGGCAGAGAAGCUUCCUGAGCUCAAGCGGAAAUACUACCACUACCCUGAGUAUGCUGCGGAGAUGCAAAGGAUUGAAAACACCAAGAACGAGACUUCCGAGGAAUCGAAUUUCGCUGAGCCGGAGCCUAUCUCGAUUUUGCAUAACAGGCAAGAAUCUGUGGAGGCAACGGGAGGAAGUGACGCCAAUGAUAGAGCUCAGCUGGAUGAGGAUGAAGAUAGCGACACAAACUACGAAGAUAUCGAACCUUUAGGCCAAGAUUCGCUCAGACCACCGAUCCUUCCCCCAUUACCAUCAAGCGAAUCUGACCACGAUGCGAACAGCGUGGACUGCAGCCCUCAUCAUGAAGAUAGAGCUGAGGAGGUUGUCAAGCAAGAAAAGGUUAAACCUAUCCUAGUCAACAGCAAAACCACUCUCGUCUGCGAGUGGGACUCAGAAGUGUUUGACCGUUUCUUCAAAGACCGUGACCACCAGGCCUGGGAGGAAUUGUCAUACAUCCCCAAUCCUGUCUUGGAAGACAACAAAAGAAAAUUGGCGAUGCAGCAAAAGUCGACUGUCUCCCUUUACGACUGUCUCAGGAACUUCAGCACCCCAGAAGUCUUGGACCACAAGCGUGCCACGAAAACCAUUCAAAUCUGGUCUACUGGAGAUAUCUUGACUAUCCACUUGAAAAGAUUUUCCUCUGCCAGAGCCUUCAGCGACAAAAUCAACAUGGUUGUCGACUUCCCCAUUGAAGGCUUGGAGAUGAACGAGUUCGUUCAAAACGGCACUGGUGAACCACUCAUAUACGACUUGGUCGCUGUCGAUAAUCACUACGGUGGUUUGGGAGGUGGACAUUACACAGCCUACGCCAAAAACUUCAGAGAUCAAAAGUGGUACUACUUCAACGACAGUGGAGUCAAUGAGGUGAAGGAUCCUCGUGAAUGUAUCAAGGGAGCUGCCUAUCUUUUAUUCUAUAAAAAACGCAAGCUGUCCGCAUUUGCCGGCGGCCAGUCUGUGGAGCAGCUUUUGAAUGAAGGUCGCCAUUCCUUCGAGGCUAAAUUACAAAACUUGAAGGAGCAGCUGGUUGCCAUCGGACAGCAAGUUGAGCUCUUCAAUCAAGCCCGAGACGAGAUCAUGCAGCGUGCCGAAGCUGAAAGGCAAGCAGCUGCUGAACAGCAGCAAGAAGCGAAUGAUGAAGCAAUCACUUCCAGCUCCGAUGAGGACGACCUUUACGCUGACGCCAGCACCAAAGGGCCAAGAAAAGUGAGGCCAACGUUGGUGCUGCCAGGCAAUACUGAUUUUGAAAAUCUGCGUAAGCAGCGCUUGCUCUCAAAAGGGGCCGACCUGCCUCGGUCCGUCAACAUCAACCAUGACUAUUCGUCGUCCGUCUCCAACCUUGCCAGUCCAAUUGGAUCGAGCGGCGAGGUCGAACUGCCCUCCAAGGAGGACACCACAUAG